AUGGCAGCCAUGGCGAUUGAGCUGGAAGUAUGCCAGGCCGGCAAGUGCACUCAGAAAGGCGCGCCCAUGCUCCUUCGUGACAUUGAGGAGGCUAGCGUAGGCUUGGCCUGCGUCAUGCCAAGCCGCUGUCUCAAGAAGUGCUCAAAAGGUCCAAAUUGCAGAGAGAGCACGGAGGGUUCCGUCUUCAAAGGCCUCAAGAAGUUCAGCCGCGUUGAAGCUAUGCUGAAUGACAUCAUUCCUGGAUUUGAGAUGAGUGAGCUGCAGCGAAAAGUAUCCAAGCUGAAAUUUGCAGCUCGAAGGGCCGAGGAAGCAGCCGAUAGGAUGGACGGCAUAAAUAAAGCCUUGUCUCUUCUUGGCCCGGAAAGUAGCGCUGCUCGCAAAGAGCCCAACCUGCUCGCGCAGUUGCUGGUGAUGCGGUCGCAGGAGCUGGUCGAAACACACACCGACAUGGCUGUGCAGGAUGCCCAGAAAGCUGUGCACAUCUUGCCUGGUUGGGCAUUCGGGCAAGUCACCCUCUCCCGGGCCCUUGAGGCAAAUGGACGUUUUGGAGAAGCAAUGGUCAUCAUGCGGGCUGCUGCACGCAUCGGUCACGGGGUGGACAGAAAAGCUCUCAACAAGAAGCUGGCGAAGCUGCAGGAAAAGGCAAUGCGCAAGUCAGCACAGCAUGGUGAUCAGCGAAGGAUCUCAAACACUAAUGCUGCAGAGGAGGUGCCUGACAUCGACAUUUUCAGCCAG